GUUCAAACAACACCUUCCAAGUUCUUAGCUUAUAUUUUGUACCCAAACAUCAGCUUUCUUGGAAAGUUCCCUUCUUCGUCGUUUAGGGGUUUUCUUUCUAAAAUUUGAGUGACACUGUUUUUCCUCCUGUUUUACUCUAUUUCCUAUAGAAAUGGCACCUACAAGUGAUACCAUCAACUCAGUUCUCACUGUUCUUAAGCCAAGCAAGAGGGAUAAUCUUUUUGAACUCUUUGAUGACAAACUUUUUGUGAGAAAUGUGCCAUUGCUGACUGAAGUUCCAGGCAAUGUGACAUUCAAAAGUUUUUCCACCAUAUGCCAAACCUCUGAGGCUCCUCUUUCGCUUAUCCGUCGAGUUGAGUCCAUUUCUUACAAGGGUGGAUUCCUAGGAUUUAAGAAAGGGGAAUCCUCAGACAGGUUGAUAAAUUCACUGGGGAAAUUCAGUGGAAAGGAAUUCCUCAGCAUCUUCAGGUUCAAAACAUGGUGGUCUACUCAAUGGGUGGGGAAAUCGGGAUCGGAUUUCCAGAUGGAAACACAAUGGGCUAUGAUAAGUGUACCCGAAAUAAGGUCUUAUGCUGUAAUAAUCCCAAUAACUGAAGGGAAAUUUAGGUCUGCACUUCAGCCUGGACUCAAUGGACAUGCUAUGAUUUGUGCUGAAAGUGGCUCAUCAAAAGUGAAAGCAUCAUCUUUUGAUGCUAUUGCUUAUAUUCAUGUAUCUGAAAAUCCUUACACUUUGAUGAAAGAGGCUUAUAGUGCAGUUAGAGUUCAUCUGAAUUCAUUCAAACUUAUUGAAGAAAAAUCACCCCCUCCCUUGGUGAAUAAGUUUGGUUGGUGCACAUGGGAUGCAUUUUACUUGACUGUUGAACCUGCUGGAAUCUGGCAUGGAGUGAAGGAAUUCGCAGAUGGAGGGAUUUCACCUCGGUUUUUGAUCAUUGAUGAUGGUUGGCAAAGCAUCAACAUUGAUGGGCAGGACCCUCAUGAGGACGCGAAAAAUCUGGUUCUUGGAGGGACUCAAAUGACUGCUCGUCUUCACAGGUUCGAAGAAUGUGAAAAGUUCAGAAAGUACAAGGGUGGAUCAAUGACAGGGCCUAAUCGUCCACCAUUUGAUCCCAAGAAGCCCAAGAUGUUGAUUUCCAAGGCAAUCGAGCUCGAGAUGGCUGAAAAGGCUCGGGAUAAGGCUGCUCAAUCUGGUGUGACGGACUUGUCUCAAUACGAAAUUGAGAUUGAGAAACGGAGAAAGGACUUGGAAAAAAUGUUUGGUGGAGAAGAGGGGGGAAAUCCCUCAAGCCAAGGAUGUUCAAGCUGUUCUUGCAAAUCCGAAAACUUUGGAAUGAAAGCUUUUACAAGAGAUUUGAAGGCAAAUUUCAAAGGAUUGGAUGAUAUUUAUGUAUGGCAUGCCUUAGCUGGUGCCUGGGGUGGGGUGAGGCCAGGAGCCACCCCUCUGAGUGCCAAGAUUGUGCCUUGCAAAUUAUCCCCUGGACUUGAUGGAACCAUGACUGAUCUUGCAGUGGUGAAAAUUAUCGAAGGUUCGAUUGGACUCGUUCAUCCUGAUCAAGCCGAUGAGUUGUACGAAAUGAUGCAUUCUUACCUAGCUAAAGUUGGGAUUACAGGAGUAAAAGUAGAUGUUAUUCAUACACUAGAAUACGUAUGUGAGGAUUAUGGAGGUAGGGUGGAGCUUGCAAAGAAAUAUUAUAAAGGGAUAUCGAAAUCCCUGUCUAAGAACUUUAAUGGAACUGGAUUCAUAUCCAGCAUGCAGCAAUGCAAUGACUUCUUCUUGAUGGGAACUGAGCAAAUUUCUAUGGGAAGAGUUGGUGACGAUUUCUGGUUCCAAGAUCCCAAUGGUGAUCCAAUGGGAGUUUAUUGGUUACAAGGUGUUCAUAUGAUCCAUUGUGCUUAUAACAGCAUGUGGAUGGGACAGUUCAUUCAACCAGAUUGGGACAUGUUUCAAUCUGAUCAUUUGUGUGCAAAAUUCCAUGCUGGAUCCAGGGCUAUCUGUGGGGGGCCUGUCUAUGUGAGUGACUCACUGGGAGGCCAUGAUUUUGAUCUCCUGAGGAAGCUAGUUUUCCCAGAUGGUACCAUUCCCAAAUGCCAAUAUAUGGCUCUCCCAACAAGAGACUGCCUCUUCAAGAAUCCCCUCUUUGACAGCAAAACCAUUCUCAAAAUUUGGAACGUCAACAAGUAUGGAGGCGUGGUUGGUGCAUUUAACUGCCAAGGUGCUGGAUGGGACCCUAAGGAGCAAAGGAUCAAAGGUUACUCCCAUUGCUACAAGCCAAUAUCUGGUUCUGUUCAUGUGAGUGACAUUGAAUGGGAUCAAAAGAAGGAAGCAACUGAAUUAGGAGAAGCUGAAGAAUAUGCAGUCUAUCUCACCGAGGAAGAGAAACUAUUCACAACAACAAACAAUUCUGACGACAUUCCGAUCGUCAUCCAGUCGUCUACUUUCGAGAUCUUCACAUUUGUCCCGAUCAAGAAACUCGGUCAGGCCACUAAAUUCGCGCCUAUCGGACUAACUAACAUGUUCAACUGUGGAGGGUGCAUUGAAAAACUGUCUUACAAUGGCACUAAUGCAGAAAUUGAAGUUAAGGGUGGAGGGAAUUUCUUGGCCUAUUCCAAUGUCUCACCUAAGAAAUGUUACCUAAAUGGCUCAGAAGUUGGAUUUGAAUGGUCUGAAAAUGGCAAAUUGGGAUUGUUCCUUCCAUGGAAUGAAGAAACUGGGGGCAUUUCUAAUAUAACUCUUGUUUUCUGAUCAAAAUCCUAAGGCCUUGUGCUCUUUACUGAAUGGGGCAGUAAACCUAAGGAAGUCGCGAUGAGUGGCUCAUAAAAAUAUUUCCUUUUUAAUUUUUGUUAUUUAAGUAAUGUUACUAUUGAUAAUAACCCACAAGGCCAAAGUGCAAGUGGGAAGGAUUUUUCUUUUGGGUACAUUUCAUAAAUUAUGUCGAUCAUGUUACCUAUAGUCUCAUCCAGCACAAAUUAUCGAAUAUGCCAAAAGAAUAUACUAGUUAAUCUCGAAAAAUUUAAAUUAUUACA